AUGGAAAAGCCAGAGAUAGAUGAACCCACGCCGGUGGGAUUCUUUGACCCGGCUCUAACCGAAGUGCGCCGGCGCGUCUUCUACCAAUGGACGCGUACCGUCUUCAUCCUUUGCGUCUUCAUAUUUGGUGUGCUCUCCCUUUUCUGGGGCUCGCAGUAUCGCACAGAGGCAAACUAUCCGGCUCUCAAAGUCUUUGUGGUUGAUUUUGACGGCACCGUCGAUCCCUAUCGCACCGACAAUCCCAUCGUUGGACCGGCCGUCACCAAUGCCACAAAGAACAUCAUCCACUCGACAGGGCUGCACUUGGGCUAUGAGAUCAAGUCGCCUGCUGACUUCAACCACGAUUUUUGGGCUGUCCGUCAAGCUGUCUACGAUGAAAAAGCCUACGCAGCUGUCAUCAUCAACCCCAAUGCGACCGCCUUGCUCCGCGCUGCUGUGACCGAGCGAAACAGCACAUAUGACCCGACUGGGGCGAUCGAAUCGGUGAUCAUCUCUGCACGAGAUGAAAAUGCAUACUACAACUAUAUCAUGCCCGACCUGGCAAUUUUCCAGAGCACUGUCCUUAUGGAAUUUGGCCCCCGAUGGGUCCGUGAACUCACCUCGACCUCUGCCUCGAGAUCGGGAUCUAUAUCGAAUACGAAUCUCUCCCGGGUACCUCCGCAAGCCAUCAAUCCAGGGAUUGGAUUUACAACCAUCGAUCUACGCCCAUUCACCCCCGCCGUGGCUGCACCGGCCGUUACAAUCGGACUAAUCUAUCUAAUAAUAAUCGCCUUUUUCAACUUCCCCUUCCUCAUGGGCAUCCACGCGCAGUUCAUGAAACCUACCACCACCUCCUCCUCCUCCUCUCCUUCGUCCUCCGAUUCUUCUUCCACUGAGACUAGCAUCAACGCGACCCUCAAAGUGCCCCACUGGAUAAUCUGGCGCAUCCUCUCCGCAAUAACAGCCUACUUCUUCCUAUCCCUUUUCUACUCCCUCGUCUCCCUCGCCUUCCAAAUCCCCUUCAGCAACAAGCCCGCACCGGACACAUUAUCCGCCAACAACCCAAACGCAUACGGACAGGGUUCAUUCGUGGUAUUCUGGAUGCUCAAUUGGGUCGGGAUGGCGGCGUUGGGAUUACCGUGCGAGAAUAUGGCGAUGGUACUCGGGUUUCCGUGGAGUUCGCUGUUCCUGAUUUUUUGGGUGAUUACGAAUGUUGCGACGGGGUUUUAUGCGCUCGAUUUGGCGCCGGGAUUUUAUGCUUGGGGGUAUGCUUGGCCUUUGCAUCGGAUUGUCGAAGCGCUACGGACUAUCCUUUUCGACACGCACUCGCGGAUUGGACUCGACUUUGCGGUGCUAUUUAUCUGGGUUGCGGUGUCCUUGGCGUUUUACCCGGUGGCGACCUUCAUUAUGCGGUGGAAAAUGAAGCGGGGAUAUGCAUGA